AUGGCACACAAGAGCGGCCGAGGCAAACCCCCAUUUGGCUCGUCCAAGAUCAUCCUCGCCGGAUUGUCUCUCAUUGGUGUGCAGACUGGUACUCGAAGUAUGACUCCUCCGAGGCCGGCGGAUCCACAUACGAUAUGGCUUGCAACGACCUUUGGAAAGGUGAUGAGAUAUUCUUAG